CAGAGCGGCGGCAAGUAGGGAGGGAUUUUUUGAAAAUAAUAACAAGCAGCAGUGCUAAGAGUGUGAUGUACAUUUUGUUAAAAAAAUAAAUGGAAUAGUUGUAUUGAACAUAUCUUUCUUAAAACACGUAUUCUAUUGAGACUCAUGGAUCAUUUCCGUGAUCAGAACAUCUUUGAUACCCCUUCUAAGCAAAGCUACGUGGGCAGUUUCUACCUGCCCCCGGAUAAGCUAUCAUUCCAUGGGUUCGUGAAGGGGUCCGAGGAGCCCAAAGACAGAAGCGGCACCAUACUACAGGACAUCGAUGCAGAGACAUUCCGAUGUGCGCCAGAUGCAGGGAGCAGAGCGGUGAUCGCGGCGCUGCGCACGCUGCAGGAGAAGAUGCGUCGCCUGGAGCUGGAGCGGGCGCAGGCCGAGAAGAACGUGCAGCGCUUCACCGAGGUCACGCAGCAGCACGCCACCACCAGCAGCAGCAGCAGCAGGAACGCCGGCACCAAGGCCGCCAGGAGCGCCAGCACCAGCGCCGCCACCACCAGCGCAGCCAGCAGCGUCAGAGUGCAGGAGCAACUGCGCACUAGACAGGACUCUAACAGCAAGCAGCGGACAGAGCUUGCCACACAGCUUCAGUCCACCGAGAGCCGUUGCUCCUUGCUGGAGAAGCAGCUAGACUACAUGAAGAAGAUGCUGGAGAGUGCUGGGGAAUUGGCUGCACACACACUCUCGCCUACAGAGACACACACUCCUACUGAGAAAAAGGCACAGAAGGAGAACUCUAUAGAUGACAUUCAGCUGCAGCUAGACAAGCUGGAGAAACUUGAGAGAGAGUGUGUGAAGCUCACCAACACACAGUCUUUGGCUGAGAGGAAGAUCCAGUUGCUGGAGAAGAAGCUACAGAAAGAGGAAAAGGAACGCAAGCUCAUGCAGCAGAAAGCUGACGAGCUCCAGAGAGAACUGCAGGUGAAUCUUCUCAUGCAGUCUGCAGCAGUGGCUGAGUCUAAACCAAACACGAGGAAGAAGAAAGAAACGUUACCCGUCAAGAAAUCAGAAUUGGCUCCCAAGUUGCCUCUAGCCAGACGCCCUCCCUUUGUGGCAGGAACUUCCACCAGCCCCAGUCACUCUGUGAGCGCCAACCUGCAGAGCCUGUGCCACCUGCUCCAGCAGCAGCAACAGCAGCAGGGUCACCCAGAAAGCAGUCACCGCCGCCUCAGAGAAUGCGAGCGUGAGCGACAGCGACGACAACAACACGAGCGCCAGGACUGCGCCAGGGUCAAGCGGAGGUCAAAGGAGGGGGGCAAGGGUCACGGGGGUCAGGGGGACCAUGUGGCACACUCGCCCCCCAGCAGAGAGGCCUCGCCCUUGGGCUGCCUCUCCAGACUGCUCCUUGCACUGCAGGAUGAGCUGGGACACAUGAGCUUUGAGCAUCAAGAGUUGGUGUGCCAGAUCUCGGAGACCAAGAGCAGGCGUGUGAGAGAGGACCUGGAGAGGGAGCUGGACUCGCUGGUCAGGAAGAUGGAGGAGAAAGCCACGCAGAUCACACAACUGCGCAAACACCAGAAAACAGUGGAGAGUCUGAGGCAGCCCUCAUGGAGCCCAAAGAAGCAGCAGCGCCCCAAGGGGUCAAAGGUGAAGAAGGUUGGGUUGACUGGGGUUCAGCCCUUAAGCCCCUCCCCCAAGAAGACACGCCCACACAGCGUGUCACACGGUAUCUACGCAAGUCUGCGCAAAGAUGACAUCAUGUGGGAAAGCUGAAGGAAAUACAUAUGCGUGCACACACACACACAGACAGCAUUUUGCACUAUACUAACAUGAUUAUACUGAAACAUGGAGUUCUCAGACAUGCACAAGAAAGAGGGCAUAGUGUGUUUGUGUGUAUGGCUGAGUUGUUUGUUUCUUUGGUUUGUUUGUUUGUGAGUGAGUGAGGGCUGUUUUGUGUUUUUACAAAUUGAUGACUACCACUGAAAUGGCCCUAAAUGUAUAUUAUCAUUCCAAAGCUUGUUAUUUUAAUGAAAUAUUGUGUGUUUUCAUGUUUUAUCCUCAAUAAAAAAACACCAC